AUGGGUGUUCUGACGGGAGUGGUAUUGGCCUUGCUCCUAGGGGUAUGUUUAUGUACGGAUAUUAUUUACAGGGUACCAGAGGAACAGUCAGGAGGAAUGUUCAUUGGAAAUGUGGCUCUGGAUUCGAAUCUGAAUUUGAACGUGAGCGACAGUGAUUAUAGGACGUUGCGUUAUAGUGUGCUGGCAAGCAGUACAGGUAAUUAUCACCAAUAUUUCACUAUAAAUCAGACCUCGGGCAACUUGUACACCGCGUCCCUACUGGACAGGGAAGAGAUAUGUCCAUACACUGACCAGUGUAAACUGACCAUCGAAGUAACUGCUCAAUCAGCGAUAACAAGCUACUUUAAAAAGUUGAACAUUGUUGUAUACAUUGAUGAUGUGAAUGACAAUUAUCCGAUAUUUCCGAAGACUGCUCAAACGCUAUCCAUUCCGGAAUCAGUGCUUCCUGGAACGUCCUUUACUGUAGAUGGCGCUAAAGACGCCGACCGCAGCGCCAGGUAUGGGAUACAAAGUUAUAUGCUUCAUCCGCAAGAUCUCCCAUUUUCUGUUGAUUUUGUGAAGAAUUUGGACGGCACUUCUGCUGUACGUAUUAUAGUGGAUGGGUUGCUUGACCGCGAAUCACGUGACCUAUAUGAGUUGACACUGGUGGCAAAAGAUGGCGGUAUUCCCGCCAAAACUGCAGACCUCUCAGUGGACGUACACGUGACUGACGUCAACGACAACGCGCCAAUCUUGAGUAGUAAAUCGUAUAACUUUACAGUUCGAGAGGACAAACCUGUGGGCAGUACUUUACUGACCCUGUCUGCCACUGACCCUGAUGCUGGACGUAACGGUGAGGUGAGAUAUAGACUAAGUCCGCACCAGACAGAGGAGAUAAAAAACUUGUUUUUCAUCAAUGCCACAUCUGGGGAACUUAUUCUAAUUAACCCGUUGACCUAUGUCCGCGGAACGUCGUAUAAGAUUAUCGUAGAGGUCGGUGACCGUGGUGAACAACCAAUGACAACACAAACUUACGUCAUUGUCACUGUGCUUGAUUCCGGAAAUAACCCACCGGUGAUUGUCCUAGGACUAUUGACGAACGGCGUAGCAAGGAUUUCCGAAUAUGCGGAGUUCGGAACCACAGUGGCACAUGUUGCAGUUCUCGAUCAGGACUCUGGACAUAACGGCAUCGUCAUGUGUAACUUGGAUAGUACAAUUUUCGAGUUACAAAUACUCGAAGUAAACGAGUACAAAGUGCUUGUGUCUCAAGCUCUAGACCGUGAGCGACUCGCCCGCCAUAGUGUUACAGUCACUUGUCAAGACAGUGGUACUCCGAUGCUUGUUUCUAAUGCCAACUUCUUCGUAGAAGUCUUGGAUGUAAACGACAAUCCGCCAAUAUUCCAUAUGCAGACAUACUCUGCUAGCAUUGACGAAAAUAACAAAAUCGGCAAGGAAAUUUUACAAGUUACUGCAACUGAUAACGAUGAAGGUCAAAACGCAGAGGUCAAAUAUCGUUUACUGCAUUCAAAUGAUACUGUCAUUCAAGUCGAUGCACAUACAGGUAUAAUUCGCGCAAACGCCGUAUUCGAUCGUGAGCGGAUGUCGUCAUUCAUGUUCAAAGUGCUCGCCAUCGAUGGCGGAAGUCCUCCAAAGUCUGGUACGGCGACUGUCUCGGUAACCGUGGAGGACGUCAAUGAUGAAAAGCCACAAUUCUUAGAAAACUUGUUUAUAUUUAAACGCAAAGAGAAUCGUCAGGCAGGGACUAUAGUUGGAAGGUUAACGGCCAUGGAUGAUGAUGAAGGAGACAGCGGAAGAGUCGUUUUCUCCUUGGCUGAGGACUCUCCAUUUUUCAGCACACUUCCGUUUGUUGUGUAUUCUGAUGGCAUUAUAAAAACAACAUCAGAGCUAGAUCGCGAAAAAAAGAAAUUCUACGAUUUCAAGGUAAUGGCGUCCGAUCUCGGACGUCCGACUUUGAGUAGUACAGCUAAAGUGAAAAUAUUUAUAGAGGACGAAAAUGACAACAGUCCCGAAAUCAUAUUUCCUAGUUAUACCAAUAAUACAAUAGUGAUAUCAGUUGGAACUCCUCCCGGAAGUAUAAUUGGCUCGGUGCGUGCGCAAGACCCGGAUGAAGGGUUGAAUGGGGAAGUGUCUUACAGUUUCGAUGGUGAUAAUCAAACGGCUUAUUUUAGAAUAUUUUCUGAAACUGGAGAUGUGAUUUUACAAAAAAGUGUUGAAUUAUACGGUGGAAGUGUAUUUUCUCUAAAUGUAAUUGUGUCGGAUCAAGGGGACCCGCCAAGAAGGUCUCGGCAGACGAUGAAAAUUGUCAUCGGGACCAAUUUAGGCUCAAACAGAAACAUCAACAUCAUUAUCGUUGUUUCUUUAGUUGGUGUUACCUUAGUGCUAUCGACAGGAAUAAUUUUAGUUAUUUGUAUACUAAGAAGAAUAGAUACAAAUAAAGAGAGGUCAAGAAAACCGACCUCUGACCCCAUUACGGCUAACGGUCUUGCCGGGGUACCAAACAACACGUACGGGACCCUUAACAAACCGGUAGCGGAAGUAAUAUCAGAGCUAGAGCGGAAGCGGAAGGAAGUGACUUUUGCUUUCAGUCCUGACCAACAAAUUCCCUCUGAUGAAACAUAUUAUGAAGAAAAAGGACAUAAACCAGCGGGAAAGCAGGUUUCCUAUGGCGAGCAUGUCAGCCAAGCUUUUCUGAAGUUACAGGAUGACAACCACAGCGAGACUUCAGGGGAGACAAAUACAAGUGACAGUGGGCGUGGCCUUAGUGAUGAUGAAGUUCAUGGCCCAAGAGGCGGUUCUUAUAGUAAGGGCAGAGUGGUCCCUAAAAGUAAACCAAAUAUGGAGGUGAACGUGUACCAGAACCAAAAUGCAUUCUUCCCAGACGGGCGUGAACCAAUCUCCCCGAUAUCACUGCCAAGGUUUACUGCUUACCCACCAUACGCCCCUAACAACCCGCGUUACCAAGGCGACACCGGAAGUAGUUACGCUGUGCAUAGACCUCUUCAAACGUUCCAUUUUGGAACAAAGUCUUCCUCCAUUGAAGACGAUAGUGGAUCUACUUCCGGUAUCCACACAAUGGACGAUGAUUUUACAGCACACCUGAAAGACAGUGUGAUAUAG